GUGUGGGAGCGGCCUCACGGAGUGUCACAUGCCAAAGAAAGUAAAGUACAUGUAGUAUUAAAGUCAGUCAUGGACGUGGUACAUGGAGUGAAGGCGUACAUCAGUCGUAUGAUAAAGGAGAGUGGGGCUGGGAUGAAGGUCCUACUCAUGGACAAAGAGACUAUCAGUAUAGUGAGCAUGGUAUACUCGCAGUCGGAGAUACUUCAGAAGGAGGUCUAUCUGUUCGAGUUGCUAAGCAACCCUGGCCGAGAGUCAAUGAAGCAUCUCAGCGCCAUCUGUUUUGUUCGACCUACUCAAGAGAAUAUUGAGAGGUUGACUGAUGAGCUAAAGUCUCCGAAAUACAGCUCUUAUUUCGUGUAUUUCUCCAAUCGCCUGGACCGCCCCGCUCUCAAGACACUGGCGGAGGCUGAUGAACACGAGUCAGUCAGGGAAAUCAAGGAGUUCUACGGUGACUACAUAGCGGUGGCCCACCAUCUCUUCUCCCUCAACCUGGAGGUGGCGGGUGAGCCGGGUGGUCUGUGGAAGAGGGCGGAGUUUCUGAGAACAUGUGAUGGCCUUGUGUCCCUACUGUUAGCACUCAGGAAGAGACCCAGCAUCAGGUAUACAGAGAAGUCCAGUAUGACACGCCGGCUAGGGGAGGAGAUCGGUAAAACAAUACAUAGAGAGCAAGAGUUGUUCAAAUUCACGUCCGACACCACACCCAUCCUGCUCAUACUGGACAGACGUGAUGAUCCCGUCACUCCACUGCUUAAUCAGUGGUCGUAUCAAGCCAUGGUUCACGAGGUGCUGACUAUCAACAACCACAGGGUCGACUUAUCCAGAGCUCCGGGCAUCAAGAAAGAUCUACACGAGGUGGUCCUCUCUCCGGAAAAUGAUGAGUUCUUUCGUGAUAACAUGUACCUGAACUUUGGUGAGAUUGGUGCUAACAUAAAGAGUCUUGUGGACGAGUACCAAGAGAAGUCCAAGGGUCAUGCCAAGAUUGAAUCAAUCGCUGACAUGAAGCAAUUCAUUGAGAACUAUCCUCAAUUCCGCAAACUCUCUGGGACUGUAUCCAAGCACGUUGCCGUGGUGAGUGAGUUGUCGCGCAUCGUGAACAAUCACCAGUUGAUGGGCGUGUCUGAGACUGAACAAGACCUCGUGACAGGGACGGACCGUGGGAAGGCCAUGGCUAACUUAGAGUCGGUGAUUAGCAAUCCUAUGGUUCGAUUGGACGACUGCCUUCGUCUGGGGCUACUCCACACCCUUCGUUAUGAGGGGAUUUCCCGUGGUGACGCUGAGAGGAUCGACCAGCUGCUCGCAUCACGUGGCCUCUCAGAUAUGGACAGAAAAUUCCCACGUGCACUGUUGGAGUAUGCUGGGUCUGCCAAGAGAACCAAUGAGUUGUUCCAGAACAAGACCACACCCCUUUCAUUCGGCAAAAUGCUCUUCAAAGGUCUCAAGGGUGUUGAGAAUGUGUACACACGUCACAAGCCGCUGCUGAUUGAAACACUCGAGUUGCUCAUCAAAGGCCGUCUUAAAGAGGUGCAAUAUCCCUAUGUGGGUAACCAUAGGCAACAGGAAAGACCACAGGAUAUCAUAGUGUUUAUGGUGGGUGGAGCCACAUACGCUGAAGCCAUGGCAAUAGCCAACCUUAACAAGACCACCCAGGGAGUGAGGAUCAUCCUGGGGGGUACCACCAUUCACAACAGCAAGAGCUUCCUUCACGAGGUACAGUGCACCACUCAUACCUACAGUCGCAGUGGGAGGACGUUGGCCUAAACACUGAUAGCUGAACUAACCUUAUGACUAUGUUAAUUAUACGCUCGUUUUGUUUAAUUGUUUUUAUGCCAAUUAAUUUGUUGUUAUAAAUAUUUGUAUGAUGAUUGCAGCUCUCAACAAA